AUGGAAAACGGAAGAAAUACCAAUCUUCGAAGUCUUGUUCGACCCGUUUCACCAUUAUCCAGAUGGCAAAAACCACCACUUCCAAUUGAUACUGCUGAUGAUGAUGAUGAUGAAAUAAGAAGAGGUGGUGUUGAUCGUAAACGUUUAGAUCGUCGAAGUAGAAGUCGUUCCCCAGCGUUGUUUUCUUCUGUACAUCUUGCUACAAGUGGACCUACUAGUGGUGUAGAGAUACAGCCAAGUGAAGAAACUAGACGUAUUAUUGUACGUCGUCCUUUACAAGAUACAAAAGAGGAAGUAGAAGAUUAUACAGAAAAACAGUCAAAAUCAAAACCUAAUGAUUAUUCACGAUCGAAUAUUGAUGAUAAUAAACGGCGUUUAAGAGAUGAACGAUCAAAGAAACUGAUGCCACGGCCUAUUCUAUUCAAAAACCGUCCUGUACCAAUCACUGCUCCAAGUGGAAUCGACCGGGAGAAUACUUGUCCUAUGCUGCUUCGUUUAUUUUAUUCCACAAACGCACGUCAUUAUUCAUUGUCAGAUUAUAAUAAACGUCGUACACCGGAAAAUGAGAUACAAUUCAAUACAUGGAUUGACGCAACGCUUGCAGAAUUAGCUGAUGAAGUACGUAAUGUUGUGCCCAUAGCUAGACGUCGUGGUACACGUAUGCAUUUUGCAAUAGUCUAUCCGGAUAGUCGUGGUACUUAUGGACGUCGUCAAUUAGGUGUUGUUAUUACUGGUUAUGGAUUAAACUCUUGUGAAUUUGAUAAUAAUUCUGCUGAUGCAACAACAAAUCGUAAUAAUAAUAUUCAGAGACCUUCUAAUUUGAUUGACGACUCAUCAGUAACUCUGUUGUCGAAAAAAUUCCAGAUUGGUGAUUAUGUGGAUUGUGCAAUUGUUGAAUAUACUCCAGGUUCUUUAGGUGGUUGGUCAUCUGGGCGACGUCCACUUGGUCCACCACCACCAUCAACAACAACUGGAUCUGAUCCACAUGGUUCUGCACUUGAAGAAGCUCGAAUGAUAUAG